ACUACACGGCAGAUCAACAUAGAUGAUCACGUCGUAGGCACCCGCAGCGAAACCACACAGCACCGACCAGUUUUUCUUUUCACACGAAAUUAAUCUUUCUUCACAAAGUUAACUUACUAUUGAGUUUGUUCUAAUGCCAGGAUAUUGUAGUAAAUCGUAAAGAGUUAAUAACGUGAAUCGACUCAUCCCAAUCAGAAAAACUUUCCAACGAGAGUCUGCACAUCUUGCUCAAUACAACACGAGACUCUAACCAGACACAUUGCGACUCUUACGAAUAUCAGGCGUACCUCUUGGGACAUUUACACAUCUUGUGCUGUACCUACGUGCAAAUAAAAAUGAAAUCAAUAAAUGCUGUGCUUUUUUACAUAUCGUUAGCAAUAGCAUUAUGUUCAUCCAAUGUUUCCGCGUACUGUGGAAACGAUGAACAGAUCGAAGAAUUACGAACGGCGUUAUUAACACAGGAAUCCGUUUACUCGGUAUUGACAACACUCAGCGCAAUACCAGUAACUGGUGCGACGUUAGCGUUCGCGCAAAUUGUUAUGUCCAGUCGGUUUGCAUUGCAUUUGAAAGAUGUAUUUGAAGAAAUGGAAAGUUCGUUGGAUAAGGAUCAUAGAGACUACUUUCAGUGUUCUGAAAUUCUGGAAAAAACAGUAACGGCAACCACAAUCAUCAAGUCAACUAGUCUUGGGUUAUCUCUGACGGCAAUGAUACCGGGUGUUGGUUUGGCAUUUUUAGUUCCGAGGUUAAGUGCAUCGGUAUCUGCAAUGUUACUUAUAAGAGAUAGAUUAUCAUUUUGGAAAAAUCUCGGUUGCCAAUAUGCUACAACAAGAGAUUGUAAAUUAUAGGUUAAUCAAUAAAUGUAUAAUUAUGAUAUGAUUUAAAUAUGAUUCGAUUGUA